AAUUUUGCUGAUUAAUGAAUCAUUCAUGUUAUUCAAUUUAAGUGAUAAGUUAUAAGCAUUUCCUUAAGUUUACAGAUCAAUCAUAAGUGAAUUGUGAUUUUUAAUUAUGUCAUUAAGCGAUUUACCUGAUAUUUGUCUUUUGAAGAUCUUCGAAAAUGUCCAUGAGGCCAAAGAAUUGAUUCAACUGUCUAAAGUUUGUUCGAGAUGGUCUGAUUUAAUUACGCCGAGAUUUAAGAGAGUAAAAUAUCUUCAUUUGAUGGAUGCAAGUGAUGCGGUUGAUUAUAUCGAUGUGAACAGUUUGUGGAUUAAUCCUGAUACGAAAUGGAAUUAUGACAAUUUAUUCGAAUUGUUUUCUAACAUUAAGAUUAUAGAUACUGCGGCCUUUGAUUAUCAUGGAUCUUACAAUUUACCAGAAAUUGUCAAAAAUAAUCCACAAAUAAAGGGAUUGAUUGGUUAUUUUGAUUUAAAAAGAGAAGAUUAUGACUUGUCAGAUAUCGAAAUGUUCGUUGCAGAAUUUAAUUUCGAUUAUAAAAAAGUUUUUCGACCUGAUCAUUUGAAACAAGUUAGCUGCUACUAUUUUUUUACGGAUGAUCUUCCUUCAUUCAUUGAAUAUUUUCCGAAUUUGAAGCGACUCCACUUAAAACUCUGUGGUGCGGACGGAGUUUUUUACAAUGGACCAAAUUUGUCUGCGUUAAAGAUUCUUGAACUUUGUACAAGCGAUUACAUUGAACAAGAAUUCACUGGAUUUCAUUUCAUGGAUUUUUGUCCAUCUUUGGAAAGCGCUUUCUUCCGUUGUUGGGCAAGAGAUAUUUAUGUAGAUGAAUCGAUAAAGAAUUACAAUCUAAGAGAUUUGGUUAUCGAGAAAGCAGGUUUUUAUUGCGUGGCUAUCGACAAUUCUAGUAAACUUUCGUGGCCGUUUCUUAAAAAACUGUUGUCUAAAUUUCCCAACUUACAUCAUCUAGCGAUCAGAAAUUUUGAUAAGCUUGAUGUUAGUAAUUUUGAUUUAGAAGAAUUGAUAAAAUUAUUACCUGAGUUGAAGAUAUUGGACUUACGGAAAUGUAAGAACGUGACACACAAAUCAGCUGAUUUUCUAACCAAAUGUUGUGUCAAGCAGAAUCGAUCAAUUGUUUUAUAUCACAGCUUGAUAAACGAACCCACUGAAUGGCCUAAAUUGGACACUAAUCGCGAACUAAUUGUCUACGGAUUCGAUUUCAUGAAACAUUGUUUCUACGAAACUUGGGACUUACUUCCAUAUUUGCUUGAUGAAGAUAAAUAAUAUUUCUAAUUAAUCUGAUUGUGAAUUCAUAAGAAAAAAUACAAAUUGAAACUACAAGUUUCCAAAGACAAUCAACAAAAUAAAUAUUCGAAUUGCAUAUAAAUUGAUUGUUAAAACUCUUGACAUUAUAGUUGAUUAAUAAAAUAUACGAUUGAGCAU